AUGGUGAAGAGAAUAUCAACAUCUUCGAGAGAUGCUGAUAAUAAAAGGGCUAAAACAUUCGAAGGUUGUUGGACCUGUAGACUUCGAAAGAUAAAAUGUGAUUUAAAAAAACCAAAAUGUGAUAAAUGUAGAUCUUCAGCCAUAAGCUGUAGUGGGUAUGAUAUUAAAUUGGUUUGGAAGAAACCAUCCAAGUUUCAACAGAAAGAAGCAAUUGAUAACGGUUCAGUUAUUCGAAAAUUAGAAUCAGAUAAGUUUGAUAAUGAUAUCUAUAGUGACGAUGACCAUGGUACCGAUUUUGUCGCUAUAAAAUCUCAAAAGAGAAGAAAUAUACCUCUGGUGAGGUACAAUGAUGAUGAGAAAUAUAGAUAUUAUGAAGAGAUAGAUGAAGAUAUGGCAUAUUUGCAAGAUUUACAAGGUACAAGCCUAAAUAACAAUAAACCAACAAUCAAUAAUCAUUUUGGAGUGCUGAAGGUAAACUCGAGUUCAUCUAGCAUAGGUGACUCAAACAUUGAAACCUAUCAAAUCCCUGAAUCGGUGCCGAAAACUUUACUUAGUAUUAAUGAUGACAAUACAAUGUCAAAUAUAUUAGAUAAUUCAAAUGAAUGGAUUUCUAAUGAAUUAAGAACAGAUUUUUUACUUUCAGCAUCAGCUAUUCAAGGUCUGCCAUUGUCGUCAACAUCUAUUAAUCAAAAUCGUAGUGAAGUGGAAUUCCAGAACCUUUAUAAAUUGAUAUUUCAUAAAGACGAUGAUAAAAGAGAGUUAGAUAACAGUACUUUUUUGACAAAUUCAAAAAUUUUAACCAACGAAAAAGAAACAGAUAAUUUCCUCAAAAAUUUGUUCGAUAUUGAUAAUGAUUCAUUAGAUGCGUCAGAUUUUAUUGAUGGUAAUAAUCAAAGGGAUUCCUAUAGUUACGAAAAAUUACUAGAUGACAAAGAUUUGAUAAAUAAUAUGGCAACUAUAGUACCUCUACAGGAUAAUUUCAGUUUUGAAAACCUCCCUAAUUCUACAAAAAUGUCACAUUUAAUUAUGGAAAUAGAAAAGUCUGAGCUACCUGAUGUAAUUUCUAUAUCAGAUCCUCUUUUAAAUUUUCCUAAAACUGCACUGAAAGUUAAUAGUCUUACUCGAUUCCUUUUGAACUACUAUGAGCAAAACGUCGCAGAUUUAAUGACUGUAAUUCCUGUGAGAGCUAAUCCAUGGAAAAAAUUAUAUUUUCCAAUAGCUUUGAAGACAUUGGGAGAUUUAACUGGACUUGGGAGAACUUCUAAUUCCAGGAGUUCUUUAUUUAAUGCAAUAUUGGCCGUGUCUUGCUUUUAUUUACAAGGAAAAUUUCCUAAGAAUUCGAGAGAAAUGCUAUUCUUUUUAAAUCAAGGUAUUAAUUUUAGAAAACAAGCCGUAUUUUAUUUAAAAGAAUGUUUAAAUAAUAAUGUCAAAUAUGAAAAAUAUAAGGAUAUUUUAACUUCGCUUCUCUCAAUGAAUUCAAUUGAUGUUGUUUGGGGCACCAUGUCAGAUUGUCAAUAUUAUUUAUCAAUAUGUGAGGAUUUUAUUGAAGCAAGAUUGAUAAGUAGACCAAAAAUAUCUGAAAAAGCAAAACUAUUACAUUCAAUUUUUGCAUUUCUAAAAGUUUUCCAAGAUAGUACAGCUUUAGAUAAAGUUAAGCAAAAGGAAAUAAUUUCUGAUAAAGAUUUUUAUUUCGAUAAAGAGCUUAUAAUAAAUAAAGACAAGUUUUUUGACCUACAUUCUCACUAUUAUGUGGAGUACUCUGAAGGAAAAUUUUACUGUCUUUCAAAAGAAGGAUUGAGGUCUACAAAACCAGUUCAUACAGCACCACUGUUUAAAAAUCUUGUGACAGAGAGUUAUUCUGUUAUGACAGAAACAUUAAAUUUAAAUGAAAUUAAUACAGGGACCUUGUAUGGCCUCCCGAAUUCAUUGAUUUUACUUUUUUCUGACUGUGUCUCAUUAUUAAGACAUUUAGAGUACUAUAGAUUAAAUUCCAUUGACAUUUCCCCCGCCUUUCUUUCGUCAUGUAUUGUUUAUGAAUCAAGAUUAUUAAAUUGGUCAUCAGAAUGGGAUUUCGAAAAUAUUGAAAUAUUGAAUGAUAUAAACAAUAAGACUAAAUAUGACCAAAAUAUUUCUUCAAAUCAACCGAAAAUUUUAAAUGAUUCUUUAAUUUCACUUCAAUGCCACAUGAAUAGUUUUUAUAAUGGAUUAAUAAUUUAUUAUUACACAAUGGUUCGUGGUUUUGAUAAACAAUACCUAAAAAACUACGUUGUAGACGUUCUAAAGGAUCUACAAACUAUAUCAGAUCUUGUUGAUAAGAGUAAUGUCAAAAUGGUGCCUUUAAUUUGGCAAGGAUUUAUAGCUGGAUGUAAUUGCAUUGAUCAGGGUUUACAAGAGGAUUUUAGGCAAUGGGCCGCAAAUUUAGCCAAUACCGGUGUUGGAUCAUAUUGGGCUGCUCGUCAAGUGAUGUUAGAAGUAUGGAGAAGACAGAAAACUAACGAAGAACAUGGCAAGUGGUACGAUGUUUACAAAGAAUGGUCAAUGAACUUGAUGUUGGUAUAA